CAGUCUGGUGCCAGAGACCUUUGUAUUCUGGGGCCAGUGACCUGUGAGCAGUGGCCUGUGGUGGGUUCUUUGCCACGUCCUCUUGUGUGCUGGGAGCCAGGAACAGAGUGAGUACUCCAAGCCAGUGCCCCUGUCCACACCUGCUCCAGCCCUGAGAUGCUGAGGUUCCGGACCAUCCAAGGGGGCCUGCGGCUCCUGGGUAUCCGUCGGAGCUCCACCGCCCCCUCUCCAAAUGUGGGGCACCUGGAAUACAAGCCCAUCAAGAAAGUCAUGGUGGCCAACCGAGGCGAGAUCGCCAUCCGUGUGUUCCGGGCCUGCACGGAGCUGGGGAUCCGCACCGUGGCUAUCUACUCUGAGCAGGACACAGGCCAGAUGCACCGGCAGAAAGCAGACGAAGCCUACCUCAUUGGCCGUGGCCUCGCGCCUGUGCAGGCCUACCUGCACAUCCCAGACAUCAUUAAAGUGGCCAAGGAGAACGGGGUGGACGCAGUGCACCCUGGCUAUGGGUUCCUCUCGGAGCGAGCAGACUUCGCCCAAGCCUGCCAUGAUGCUGGGGUCCGGUUCAUUGGGCCAAGCCCAGAAGUGGUCCGGAAGAUGGGAGACAAGGUGGAGGCCCGGGCCAUUGCCAUCGCUGCAGGUGUCCCUGUGGUCCCCGGCACGGACGCCCCCAUCACUUCCCUGCACGAGGCCCACGAGUUCUCUAACACCUACGGCUUCCCCAUCAUCUUCAAGGCUGCCUACGGGGGCGGGGGCCGAGGCAUGAGGGUCGUACACAGCUACGAGGAGCUGGAGGAGAAUUACACGCGAGCCUACUCGGAGGCGCUGGCGGCAUUUGGGAACGGGGCACUGUUCGUGGAGAAGUUCAUCGAGAAGCCACGGCACAUCGAGGUGCAGAUCUUGGGGGACCAGUAUGGGAACAUCCUGCACCUGUAUGAGCGGGACUGCUCCAUCCAGCGGCGGCACCAGAAGGUUGUGGAAAUCGCCCCCGCUGCACACCUGGACCCCCAGCUCCGCUCGCGGCUCACCAGCGACUCCGUGAAGCUUGCCAAGCAGGUGGGCUAUGAGAAUGCGGGCACUGUGGAGUUCCUGGUGGACAAGUACGGCAAGCACUACUUCAUCGAGGUCAACUCCCGGCUGCAGGUGGAGCACACCGUCACCGAGGAGAUCACCGAUGUGGAUCUGGUGCACGCUCAGAUCCACGUGGCCGAGGGCAGGAGCCUGCCUGACCUGGGCCUGAGGCAGGAGAACAUCCGCAUCAACGGCUGUGCCAUCCAAUGUCGGGUGACCACGGAGGACCCUGCGCGCGGGUUCCAGCCCGACACCGGCCGCAUUGAGGUGUUCCGGAGCGGAGAGGGCAUGGGGAUCCGCCUGGACAACGCCUCCGCCUUCCAAGGGGCCGUCAUCUCGCCCCACUAUGACUCCCUGCUGGUCAAGGUCAUCGCCCACGGCAAAGACCACCCCACAGCCGCCACCAAGAUGAGCAGAGCCCUGGCCGAGUUCCGCGUCCGCGGCGUGAAGACCAACAUCCCCUUCCUGCAGAACGUGCUCAACAACCAGCAGUUCCUCGCAGGCACCGUGGACACCCAGUUCAUCGACGAGAACCCCGAGCUAUUCCAGCUGCGGCCUGCACAGAACCGGGCCCAGAAGCUUCUACACUACCUGGGACAUGUGAUGGUGAACGGCCCUGCCACCCCCAUCCCCGUCAAGGCCAGCCCCAGCCCCACGGACCCCGUGGUCCCGGCAGUGCCCAUAGGCCCGCCCCCAGCAGGCUUCAGGGACAUCCUUCUGCGAGAGGGGCCCGAGGGCUUUGCCCGGGCGGUGCGGAGCCACCAGGGGCUGCUGCUGAUGGACACGACCUUCAGGGACGCCCACCAGUCCCUGCUGGCCACGCGCGUGCGCACCCACGACCUCAAGAAAAUCGCGCCCUAUGUCGCCCACAACUUCCACAAUCUCUUCAGCAUAGAGAACUGGGGAGGAGCCACGUUCGACGUCGCCAUGCGCUUCCUGUACGAGUGCCCGUGGCGGCGGCUGCAGGAGCUCCGGGAGCUGGUCCCCAACAUCCCCUUCCAGAUGCUGCUCCGGGGGGCCAACGCGGUGGGCUACACCAACUACCCCGACAACGUGGUCUUCAAGUUCUGCGAGGUGGCCAAGGAGAACGGCAUGGACGUCUUCCGGGUCUUCGACUCGCUCAACUACCUGCCCAACAUGCUGCUGGGCAUGGAGGCGGCCGGCAGCGCGGGCGGCGUGGUGGAGGCCGCCAUCUCGUACACGGGCGACGUGGCCGACCCCAGCCGCACCAAGUACUCGCUGCAGUACUACCUGGGCCUGGCGGAGGAGCUGGUGCGCGCCGGCACCCACAUCCUGUGCAUCAAGGACAUGGCCGGGCUGCUGAAGCCCGCGGCCUGCACCAUGCUGGUGGGGUCCCUGCGCGACCGCUUCCCCGACCUCCCGCUGCACGUCCACACCCACGACACGUCGGGCGCCGGCGUGGCGGCCCUGCUGGCCUGCGCCCAGGCGGGGGCGGACGUGGUAGACGUGGCGGCCGACUCCAUGUCCGGGAUGACGUCGCAGCCCAGCAUGGGGGCCCUGGUGGCCUGCGCCAAGGGGACGCCCCUGGACACAGGUAGGAAGCCCGCAGCGAGCCGCCCCCGGCGCGUGGGGAGCCCCGACGCCCCGGAGCCCCUGGCCCGUCUCUCCGCAGAGGUGCCCCUGGAGCGCGUGUUCGACUACAGCGAGUACUGGGAAGGGGCCCGGGGGCUGUACGCGGCCUUCGACUGCACGGCCACCAUGAAGUCCGGCAACUCGGACGUGUACGAGAACGAGAUCCCCGGGGGCCAGUACACCAACCUGCACUUCCAGGCCCACAGCAUGGGGCUCGGCGCCAAGUUCAAGGAGGUCAAGAAGGCCUACGUGGAGGCCAACCAGAUGCUGGGGGACCUCAUCAAGGUGACGCCUUCCUCCAAGAUCGUGGGGGACCUGGCCCAGUUCAUGGUGCAGAACGGGCUGAGCCGGGCCGAGGCCGAAGCUCAGGCAGAAGAGCUGUCCUUCCCCCGUUCUGUGGUGGAGUUUCUACAGGGCUACAUCGGGGUUCCCCACGGAGGGUUCCCCGAGCCCUUCCGCUCCAAGGUGCUGAAGGACCUGCCACGGGUAGAGGGGCGGCCUGGGGCCUCCCUCCCACCCCUGAACCUGCAGGUGCUGGAGCAGGAGCUGGUGGAGCGGCACGGGGAGGAGGUGACCCCGGAGGACGUGAUCUCGGCGGCCAUGUACCCGGAUGUGUUUGCUCAGUUUAAGGACUUCACCGCCACCUUUGGCCCCCUAGAUAGCCUCAACACCCGCCUCUUCCUGCAGGGCCCCAAGAUUGCAGAGGAGUUUGAGGUGGAACUGGAACGGGGCAAGACCCUGCACAUCAAAGCCCUGGCCAUCAGCGACCUCAACCGGGCGGGCCAGAGGCAGGUCUUCUUUGAGCUCAAUGGGCAGCUGCGGUCCAUCCUGGUCAAGGACACCCAAGCCAUGAAGGAGAUGCACUUCCACCCCAAGGCUCUGAAGGACGUGAAGGGCCAAAUUGGGGCUCCCAUGCCCGGAAAGGUGAUCGACAUCAAGGUGGCAGCAGGAGACAAGGUGGCCAAGGGCCAGCCGCUGUGUGUGCUCAGCGCCAUGAAGAUGGAGACUGUGGUGACUUCGCCCGUGGAGGGCACGGUCCGCAAGGUCCACGUGACCAAGGACAUGACGCUGGAAGGGGACGACCUCAUCCUGGAGAUCGAGUGACCCUCCCCACACUGACAGCCGGCCACCUCCACCCCGAGCCUUCAACAGAGCUGUGCUGCUAGGGCAGGCCCAGGCCAGUCGGGGCCCACGGGCAGGGAGGCCUGGUCCUGGAGGCCCCGUCCUCCGCCGACAGCGGCCAUGCCCUUCGGCCAUUUGUCCUUUCCCCGGCGGACAGACAUUCACAUACUCAUCUCUUGCCAAAUCAGGGUCUUCUCCUCAUGAAGACUCCAGGUGGAAGAGCAGGAGGGCUCAGGCCCUCGGAGAGAUCUGGGGCACCUGCCUCCUGUGGGGGUGGGAAAGGCCCAAGUCCAAGGUCUUGGAAACUUUGCUCAAUAAAACUGGUUUCCCCUGCCCUCCA